GGGUUGUGCGCUUGUCCUGCGGAGUUCUUUGGUGACCAUUGUGAAAAGGAGCGAGUGCAAUUUCACGCGCACAAUGGUCUCUGCCUCCUGAGGGAAUCGAACACAGCUCUGUGCAAAGGGUUGGUGCUGGCAGCCAGUCUGAACGACCGUGAAUACUGCAACAGCGCGCAGGAUUGCACUACUUGGGACACAGUGAAGCGCAUGGUUGGCAUAAUGUGGGAAGCAGAGCUUGGUGACAUCAUCGUGGAUAGCAUUGCAGUGCUGUUUUGCCUUCUCGCUAUUCCCUUGAGGUGGCCAGAAGAUGGCCAAAGCAAAAGCAAACACGUGGGAAAGUACUUGUUCUUAGCCGGCUUAGUUUGCUUUGUCGCCGAUGUGGCCUUGGAAUCGGUGCUGGUUCACUUCGUCGGAGGAGCGGCUGACGUCGUUGCGGAGCUGGAGGGUGCUUUCUGUUUCUCCCGCGGCGAUGCUUCCAGAUCGUUGGUGCUGCUUGAGGAUUUGGCGGGCACCAUUGCGACGUUUGCCUGGGUGAACAUUGCCCUGGCGAUUGUCGGCGGAAGCUGUGACGUGAUACAAGCUUUCAUGGACACGAACCCUGGACUCAUAGCUGUUGUGCUCACGGUCGUUGCGGCAGUCUCGGAACUUGUUCUAGGUCUCAGCAACUUCUUCAUGAACACCAACGAGUUUGUCAGCAUUAUCAAAGAGAUCGAGCUGGCCACAUUGGGAUUAGCCGAGAUGGAGGAAGGGCAUGCCUGCUACAUGAGACACCCCCAACUGGACGAACUGCUUCCUGCUGAGGCUGUUGGAGUAGAGUGGAUCCAUCCUGGUCUCACCGUUGUCAUGCCUGCGGUCUUGGCUUUCAUGAGCUUUCUAUGCGCCAUAUGCAUUGCCUGCCUGCGUGCACCCUCCUGA